AUGGCUGAGUUCCUGCCCCUGCUACCUUGGGCACCCCCGUUGGCCCAGGACAAUGCCCAGGGCUUGCCUGCCCCCCGAGCUGAGCAGCAGAGGCAGCAGCCACAGGGUGAAAAGGCCCAGGGCCUGGCCCUUGAGGCUUGGAGCCUCCUGGAGGUGCCCUCCAUUCACAUUACACCAUCCAGUGAUGGAGAGUCACCCCCUUGCACCCCAACCUGCCGGCACUUACAGCAGCUGAGGACCCCAGACCUGGAGAGUCUGUCCCAGGACAGCACCACCCCUCAUUCUGGCCGGAGCACGCCAAGCAGCUCCCCGUCUCUCCGUAAGCGGCUGCAACUCUUGCCCCCAAGCCGGCCCCCGCCUGAGCCAGAACCAAGCACCAUGGUGGAGAAGGGGUCAGAUAGCUCCUCAGAGAAGGGUGGAGUGCCUGGGACCCCCAGCACCCAGAGCCUGGGUAGCCGGAACUUUAUCCGCAAUAGCAAGAAGAUGCAGAGCUGGUACAGUAUGCUGAGCCCCACGUACAAACAGCGUAAUGAGGACUUCCGGAAACUGUUUCACAAACUCCCUGAAGCUGAACGCCUCAUCGUGGAUUACUCCUGCGCCCUGCAGCGCGAGAUCCUCCUUCAGGGCCGCCUCUAUCUCUCCGAGAACUGGAUCUGCUUCUACAGCAACAUCUUCCGCUGGGAGACAACGAUUUCCAUCCAGUUGAAGGAAGUGACGUGUCUGAAGAAGGAAAAGACGGCCAAGCUGAUCCCCAACGCCAUCCAGAUCUGUACGGAGAGCGAGAAGCAUUUCUUCACCUCCUUCGGGGCCCGUGACCGCUGCUUCCUCCUCAUCUUCCGCCUCUGGCAGAAUGCGCUCCUUGAAAAGACGCUGAGUCCCCGCGAGCUCUGGCACCUGGUGCAUCAGUGCUACGGCUCGGAGCUGGGCCUCACCAGCGAGGACGAGGACUAUGUCUGCCCCUUGCAGCUGAAUGGUCUGGGGAGCCCCAAGGAGGUGGCAGAUGUGAUCGCCCUGAGUGACAUCACCCCUUCGGGGGCUGCCGACCACAGCCAGGAGCCGAGCCCGGUGGGUUCGCGCCGUGGCCGCAUCACCCCCAACCUUUCCCGCGCCAGCAGUGAUGCAGACCAUGGGGUAGAGGAGGACAAGGAGGAGCAGACAGCCAGCCAGCCAGAUGCCUCCUCCAGCCAGACUGUGACCCCAGUGGCUGAACCCCCCAGCACGGAGCCCACCCCACCUGACGGGCCCACCUCCCUGGGCCCCUUGGACCUGCUGCCCAGUGAGGAGCUGUUGACAGACACGAGUAACUCCUCUUCGUCCACGGGGGAGGAAGCUGACCUGGCUGCUCUGCUUCCCGACCUCUCUGGCCGUCUCCUCAUCAACUCCGUCUUCCAUGUGAGCGCCGAGCGGCUCCAGCAGAUGCUCUUCUCAGACUCGCCCUUCCUACAGGGCUUCCUACAGCAGUGCAAGUUCACAGAUGUGACCUUGAGCCCCUGGAGCGGGGACAGCAAGUGCCACCAGCGCCGAGUGCUGACAUACACCAUUCCCAUCAGCAACCCUCUGGGCCCCAAGAGCGCCUCAGUGGUGGAGACACAGACACUGUUCCGGCGCGGCCCACAGGCAGGCGGGUGUGUGGUGGACUCAGAGGUGCUGACGCAAGGCAUCCCUUACCAGGACUACUUCUACACUGCCCACCGCUACUGCAUCCUGGGCCUGGCCCGGAACAAGGCCCGGCUCCGCGUGUCCUCUGAGAUCCGCUACCGGAAGCAGCCCUGGAGCCUCGUGAAGUCUCUCAUUGAGAAGAACUCGUGGAGUGGCAUUGAGGAUUAUUUCCACCACCUGGAGCGAGAGCUGUCCAAAGCUGAGAAGCUGUCUCUGGAGGAAGGUGGGAAGGAUGCCCGGGGGCUGCUGUCAGGCCUGCGGAGGCGGAAGCGGCCCCUGAGCUGGAGAGGUCAUGGGGAUGGGCCUCAGUACCCAGACCCUGACCCCUGCGCCCGGGCUGGCAUGCACACCUCUGGCUCCCUCAACUCCCGCUUCUCAGAACCGUCCGUGGAUCAGGGCCCUGGGGCAGGCAUCCCCAACGCCCUGGUUCUCAUCAGCAUUGUCCUCAUUGUCCUCAUUGCCCUCAACAUACUCCUCUUUUACCGCCUCUGGUCCCUGGAGAGAACAGCCCACACCUUCGAGUCCUGGCACAGUCUGGCCCUGGCCAAGGACAAGUUUCCGCAGACCGCCACGGAGUGGGCUGAGAUCCUGGCCCUGCAGAAGCAGUUCCACAGCGUGGAGGUGCACAGGUGGAGGCAGAUCCUGCGGGCUUCCGUGGAGCUCCUGGAUGAGAUGAAGUUCUCGUUGGAGAAGCUGCAUCAAGGCAUCACGGUCUCAGACCCUCCCUUUGACACCCAGCCACGGCCUGACGACAACUUCUCCUGAGGAUGCCUGGCCACACAGCUGUCCACCCAAAUGGACAGAUGGACACACAGCCUCGGUGGCCACUGCUGGCACGGUGUGAGCGCCGGAAAUCUCCCGCCCGCCCCUCCCAGUGGCCCAACUAGGGGCCAGAUGGACAUGGGGACCACAGAACUGAGAUGCACUUUAGACCAGCGUGUGCGAGUCCAGCUGCCAUCGCUUGCCCAGCCAGGGAGCUGGCCUGGCCUUUGGCAGGCACCCCACUAACUUAUUUUGCCCGGCUGGGGUUGUAGGGGGUGCCUCCUGGGGUGCACAAUGCCCUCAGCUCCGGGUUUAAUGUAUUAUAUUUAUUUGGGGCUGACAUAGCCCCAAUAAAGGGUUGGAAAUAGCUGUGGCUGUGCCUGAGGGGCCCUGGGAAUGGGUAGGGGCCUCCUGUUACACUCAGAUCCCAACAUGGCAGGGAGGGGGAGUCUGUCCAUUUUGGGGGGCCACAGUCACUGAAACAAUCUGGAAUUUCCCUAGCGUCUUACACAAGCUUUGCAUCAUUAGAGUUCAGAGGAGGGGCUUUGAGGUAUGGACUGGUGCCUGGUGGCCUCUCAGGAUUGUUAUAAUUGAGUGGUUCUCAAACUUUAGCUGCAUUAACAUUCUUGUUAAAGAACAGAUGGCUGGGUCCUACCCUCAGAGUUUCUGAUUCCUAGUUCUGGAGCAGGGCUGAGAUUCUGCAUUUCUAACAAGUUCCCAGGUGAUGCUGAUGAUGCUUGUCCAUGGACCACAUUUUGAGAACCAUUAUUAUGAGGAUUCAAGGAGUUAAUAAAUGUGGCUACUUAUAA